CUUGAAAGACACAUUCCAAUAGAAGAAGUUGCAACAAAAUGAAACAAUUUACCUUAAUAUCUACUUUGGCAAUUUUUGCCUUUGUCAUUGUCUUGCCACAAUCCGAAGGAAAGUUUUAUAAGGACUACAUAAGUAUCAACAGUCGCAUCGCUGGUGAUCAAGAAAUUUUGCAUUCAAAAGCUGUUCAAAAUAUUGAUUUCUAUGCCAAAGUCACCAUCGAAUGCAGAUACCCUCAAGAUCUACCUCAUUCCAACUACGUAUUGAGUCAUAUGCUUUUGACUGGACAAGAUGAUACUGGUUACAUUGACUCUAGAUUUGAUCAAGGUGGUCCUGGUGAAGAUUUCAUGAGAAUGAAAAUAUUUUUCAAUUCAAUUCAAAAUGGUAACUUUGAUUUGUAUGUUUAUGGCAAGAAGAAAUAAAUUAAAAAAAAAAAUGCUAACGGCUUUAAUUUGAUCAUAUAAA